AUGCUUGCGAGUACUCUUUUAGGCGCUGUAGCUACUCUUUUGCUCACCGUUCCCUCCGCAGCCCGAAUCGACCGGCUUUACCCAAACGGUCGACCACCUCGUCCCCUUGGAGAGGACGGCAUAGUACGAAGGGAUGCUAAACCUUCUCACCAAGGCGUCUUUCAGCAGCUGAUUGACCAUAAUCACCCGGAACUAGGGACCUUCUCGCAGCGAUAUUGGUACAAUGCGGAGUAUUACGCUGGGCCUGGAUCACCCAUCGUGCUGAAUGCCCCCGGCGAAAGCGAGGCUGACGACUUUUACACGACAAAUGACACUCUCUCCGGCAUGUUCGCUCAGACCAACGGCGGUGCUGUUAUUGUCAUCGAACAUCGGUACUGGGGCGAGAGUUCCCCCUACGACAAGUUGACCACGACCAAUCUCCAGUACCUCAAUCUCGAUAAUGCCAUUCAAGACUUGAUCUACUUUGCUCACAAUGUGGAAUUGCCUUUUGAUGUUAAUGGAACAACAAGACCGACUAAGGCGCCCUGGGUGUUGACCGGCUGUUCCUACUCUGGUGCUCUGGCGGCUUGGACACACGCUCUAGCCCCAGGUACCUUCUGGGCGUACCAUUGCUCAAGCGCUGUUGUUGAAGCAAUUUCUGACUUUUGGCAAUAUAAUAAGCCAAUCAAGGAUGCCAUGCCCAAAAACUGUACAGCGGACAUGCAGAGGGCCAUCAAGCAGGUUGACGGAAUCUUGUCCAGUGGCACUGCGGAGCAAAAGCACAGCUUGAAGAAGAAAUUUGGGCUCGAGUCCCUCACCCAUGAUAAUGACUUUGCCCAAGUCCUCACUGGCGGUCUUCAGGGGUGGCAAGAUACCAUGUUCUACAAGUCCAACAAAACUAACCCAUUGUAUGAGUUUUGCGACUACAUUGAGAAUGUCUUCCCCGAUGACAAGAAUGGUACUCGGACAUACCCCGCGGUUCUUCCAGGGCCAGAGGGUGUAGGCACAUGCAAGGCCAUGGACGGGUUUGCGAAAUGGUCCAAAGAGGUCUAUCUUCCUGAAGUCUGUGCGCAGUAUGGCUACUGGGCCGACAAUAAUACAUUGGCAUGCUUGGAUAUGAACAACAAGGAGAACCCAAUGUACAAAGAUCUAACCGUAUUGGCCAAGAUUAACCGACAAUGGACUUGGUUUACGUGUAACGAGCCGUUCGAGUGGUGGCAGGUCUCUAGUCCUCAAGAUACCACCGGUCUCGUAUCACGAUUCCUAGGCGUAGAAUAUUGGCGGAUGCAGUGUGACAAUUACUUUCCCCAGGAAGGAAAUCACACUCAUGGUUUAGCUGCUGGUCGAACUGCCGAUCAAGUCAACAAGAAGACGGGAGGUUGGAACGGGUUCAAUAACACGACACGGCUCAUGUGGGUGAAUGGAGAGCAUGAUCCAUGGCGCCCUGCCACAAUGUCGGCCGACGCGAGGCCAGGCGGUCCUUUGAAGACUACCCCAGAAGCUCCCGUUUGGGUUAUACCUAAAGCUGCUCACUGUAAUGACCUCAUUACCAAAAAUGCCGAUUCCAAUCCGGAACUUCGAAAGAUUGUGGAUGAUAUCCUAGGCACCAUGAAGAAGUGGGUAGAUGAAUAUUACGAUGGAAAGGAAUAG